AAGAGGAAGAAGAUAAAAUAAAGAAAAAACAUUUACGCGGCACACUUAGGCUUUGCGUGCUGUUUCCAGUCGGAACUAUUUUGGUAACGCUCCGCCGGUGGUGCGGCACUCCAAGCACAGCUGCAUCUGUUGUCUAUGCUGCUUACCCCCUCUGCACUGGAACAUUGCAGGUACUUCUACCUGCUGGAGGGAUGCUGGGGCGACAGUUGACUUUAUGAGACUCAGUGACUAAACUACAGUCAUGUGUUCUAUUUAUCGUUUUUUUUUUUUUUUUUUUUUUUUUUUACAAAUGUUUAUUUGAAGACAACCGCGCUCGCAAUGUCCGCUUUUAUCAAAUAAGAAGUUAUUAAACUUAGGUUUUUAGGUCAGGUAAAAGAAAAUGGUGCCUUUAAAGCGGAGGAAAGUCGCAAACUCGGGCACUCUGAACGCUGGGACACACAACAGUGCAGCAACACAGCCAACCAAGUUCCCUCAAGUUGUUUUAUUCUUAUUGGAAAGGAAAAUGGGAGCCAGUCGAAGAGCUUUUCUCUCUCAACUCGGACGGAGGAAAGGCUUUCAGGUGGAGGAACUGUUCAGUGAAAACGUGACGCAUGUUAUCUGUGAGAGCAACACUGCACAGGAGGCCAGGAUGUGGCUGGAGGCGCAGGGAGCAGGGCAGGCAGGGCGCCACCUGCUGGACGUCAGCUGGUACACAGAGAGCAUGCGUGACGGACACCCAGUGGAGAUACUGGACAGACAUAAGCUACAGGAGUUUGCAGUGAGCGACUCUGAGGUUACUCCCUUCUCCGUUCCCAGCUACGCCUGUCAGAGGAGGAGCACCCUGGAAAACUACAACGCUGUCCUGACCGAUGCUCUGUCGCUCCUGGCUGAAAACGCAGAGCUGAGCGACGAGGACGGCCGAGGCGUGGCGUUCCGCAGGGCGGCCGCCGUGUUGAAGGCGCUUCCCUCCGCUGUCACUAACAUGUCCCAACUCACAGGCCUGCCCUGCCUGGGAGGACACUCACUCAGAGUCAUCAAAGACAUUUUGGAGAAUGGAGCAUCAAGUGAAGUUGAAUCCACUAAGGAGUCUGAGCGGUUCAAAGCAUUAAAGGUGCUGACGGGUAUUUUUGGAGUCGGGUCAAAGACAGCAGACCGAUGGAUCCGAGAGGGGAUCCACAACCUGCAACAACUGAGAGACUCAGGGCAAACGCUCAACCGUGCUCAACAAGCAGGUCUGGAGCACUACGACCACAUCAAGCAGCCGGUCAGCCUGGCGGAGGCUGAAGCCAUCAGGGGGAUUGUGGGAAGAGCCGUCGCCUCCGUCUCACCAGAGUCUCAGAUCGUUCUCACAGGAGGAUUCAGAAGGGGGAAGCUAACUGGUCACGAUGUUGACUUCCUGAUUACUCACCCUGAGGAGGGCAGUGAGGUGGGACUGAUGCCCAAACUGGUGUCCUGGCUGGAGUCACGGGGUCUGCUGUUGUACCAGAAGACCACCAGGAACUCCUAUUUGGAGUGUAGCGAGGGUCCGGGCCGGCCCCCCUCCAACAUCGACCGCUUCGAGAGAUGCUUAUCCAUCUUCAAGCUGUCGGCAGAACAAACAGGAAGCGGUGUCCAGUCAGAGGAAAUCGCAGCGUCUCCAUCGGCCGCAGAGACACGGUGGAGAGCGGUCAGAGUGGACCUCGUGGUCUCUCCCAUCAGCCAGUUUGCUUUCGCUCUGCUGGGAUGGACCGGAUCCAAGCUGUUUGAGAGGGAGCUGCGGCGGUGGGCGGGGCAUGAGAAGGGCAUGUCUCUGAGCAGCCACGCCCUGUACGACAACAAACAGGGUCGAUAUAUAAGAGCUUCUACAGAGGAGGAGAUAUUUGUUCAUCUUGGUCUGGAGUUCAUUCCUCCAACGGAAAGAAAUGCCUGAAGAUUCCCUGCAGGAGCAUCAAGGAGCGCUCUGCUGACGACUGGAGAAACUCCAGCUGAUACUCCAUUCUCUGUGAUGCUGCUGCUGAAUGCAUGAUUGUGAGAGAACAUUAUUUAAAAAUCAUAAAUUUACAAGGGUAAAGUCACAAUGUUACAAGAAAAAUGUCAUAUGAGAAUAAAGUCACUAUAAUAUGAGAGUAACGUUGAAUUAUUACAAGAAUAAUAAUACAACUUUACUCAUGACUCAUUUCUCGUAUUAUAGCUUUAUUCACAUAUUCUUUAUUCUCAUUUAAUUCAACUUUAUUUUGUAAUAUACCUUUAUUCUCUUGUCAUUAUGACUUUAUUGUCAUAUUAUUUCAACUUUAUUCUCCUAAUUGUGUUUUAUUCUUUUUUCUGUGUAUGGCCCCUGUACUCUGUGGUAGUUAUCUGCUCAGCUUCAGAUUUUACACUUGAACAGUUUGAAGCCUCAGAUCUCAGAGCAGCUUUAACGAACAAUCAGCUGAUCAUGAAACAAAAAAAUACAAAAGAUUUUUAUUGCUUUUAUAAAGCUGUUAAAACAUGUAAUUCUCAAAAGAACGAGCCUGGCAUGGCUUGCAGCUCACCUUAAUGGUGUUUUUUUUUUUUUUAAAUUCCAAUAGAAAUGAAAAAUAAUAGGAGAAAAAUGUCCAACAUAAUAGAUUAAAUCCUUUCAGGAUACAAAUUCUAAUGCUUUAUGUUAGCUUUAUCAAUGUUCAUAAACAUGGGCAGCAUUAGCUUUUAAAAAUAUGGAGUGACUUAUUUCAAUUAAAAUUAAUAAAAUGUUUUGCAAAUA